CCCGUUUCAAGAGAGGAAAUGUAGGAGUGCAAUUAAGUAAAAAAAAUAAUAAUUAAAAAAAAAACGCGUGCGUGGACGAAGCGAAAAAAAAUGCUCUGAAACGUUUAGGCAAAAGAAAAAAAAUGUAACUUUGUGUGUGUGUGUUUAUGUGUGCACAUUUCGGCGGAUAUUUUGUCGGUGAAAGCGAAACAAAAAUUUUUGAAAGUCGAAUUUUCAAAUGAAUACUUUUGACACCGGUUGCAACCACGCUUAAAAAAUACUUCGAAAUAUUUAUAUAUAUUUUUUUUCAAGAAAGAAACAUGAAUUGAUAACUUUACUGAUGGAAUUUUUUAUAUAUAUUCCUGGACUAGAGUGUAUUUUACACUGGAAAUUAAGAAAACUGUGAAUUUGAAAUUCCUUGUGCUGCGAUAUUUCAUUUCGAUAUUUAGAAAUAGUGUAAACAAACGCAUGCAAUGUAUUGCUUAUGUAAAAAAAAUGUAUUUAGUUUCUUUUUCAGUAAUAUGAUCAAUAGUUUAAAAAAAUAAUUUAAAUUAAAUGAAACAUUUUUAUUUUGAGCAUCAUUAUUUAUCAUAAUUGCAGUUUUGUAUAUAUGGAAAAAUAGAAAAUAUAUAUAUCUAAUAGUUUCAGUAUUAGAAACUACAUAUGAGAGUGUCCAGUUUAUAAACUCAUUUUAAGAAUAAGGCUGUUAAGUGGUUAAAAAUGUGCCAUAAAUUAACAAAGUAAUUAUAUUAAAUACGACGUAUUUAUAGUUCCUAUCAAAAUUUUGCUUCAUUGCAUUAACAUAUCAAUUGAUCAUCGCUGUCUUUUAUAAAUAAGAAAGAAGAAUCAAAUUAGUUAUGAAACGUAUUUACGUUUAAGCUUAAAUUAGAACAGCAGAAGUGGCAGAGAAUCAAAGUGAAUGACUUUGACAAUUUAUCUAUUCGUUGAAGACUGACAUUUUUCUUCAUCCAUACAUAAUGUCGUAGAUGACUGGUGAUUUUGUGAUAUUGUACAUCUUUUCGGAAAAUAUAUUCUUCUAAAAGAAUUCAUUCGCUGGUAUUCUAGAAUAGUAACUUUCUUGAAAGCUUACUGACUUCUAGCAUAGUACUAAAUAGUUGAUGCGAAAUUAAAAGAUUUGCCUUGAAAAUCAUAUUUGAAGAUUAUCUUCAGAAAAUAUUUUGAAGUAGAGAAAUGAAAAGCUAAGUCUAGAAUUUUUUUUGAAAUCAUCUUUAAAAUAUAGGAAACAAAAGUGAUGCCGAGUUGAAUUUGUAACAAAAAAUAGCAAUAUACGAAGUGAUAAAAAAAUGCAUAUCAUAUUUAAAAAUAUAUCUUAAUUAAUUAAAUUUUAUCUAUUAUGAGAUAUAUGACGAAAUUAAAAUAAUAAUAUCUUUUAAAAUACCUCUAUUGAUAUACAAUACUUUGACUGCGACCAAAGCCUUACGUGUUGAAUCUUUCUCUCAGCUUAAAUUAGUCAUAGUUGUUCUCGAAUGCAAGUUAAUCUUCUUACAAUGAGCUUCAACGUUUAAAGAGUAAUCUCUAUCGACCGCUGGAGGGAAAAAAACAGUCUGUUGUGUGAUGUAGCUUCAUCAUAAUAUACAACAAAAAAGCACUUAUGUUUCAUCUUUUGGAUUUACCAUACUAUUGGAAAUUACCGCUUUGAAGCAGCAAGAGAUGUGUCAUCGUUUAAUGAAUUGGAUGAAGUUAUUUCUACAAAGGUAAGAAGGGAACAAUGAUUACAAGGACGACAGCCAUCGCAGCAGAAAUCAACGUCGGUUGAUUGGCCAUUAACCAGGUUCCAAGAAUGUGGAGUUGGUUGCACUGCCUACUUGCAGUUAUCUCACUUUUAAUUACGUCAUCAAUGGCACAAGAAGAAUCUAAUCCCGAUGAAAUUAUCAAGUUCCACUCCGAGACUGAUAAGCAAAUUUUGGACGUCAUUUUGGACAGAAAACGUUACGACCACCGAGUGCGACCGAGUAACAAGACGGAGGUGAACGUUACCGUCCUCAUUCUUUCAUUAUCAUCACCGGACGAAUCUAGUCUCAAGUACGAGGUGGAGUUCCUGCUUCACCAGAGCUGGGAGGACCCCCGCCUGCAGUACGAGGACGGGGGCCGGCACAAGUACCUGAACGCCAUCUCCCACUACCAGCAGGUGUGGACGCCGGACAUCUACUUCAUCAAGCACGGCGAGUUCAAGGCGCCUCUGGCACAGGUGCACAUGGCUCUCAAGAUCUACAACAACGGCUCCGUCCGAUACAUCACUAGGCGAAGUAUGAUUUUAAAUUGUCAAGGAAAUUUGCAAAUAUUUCCUUUUGAUAAUCCUAAGUGUCCUUUUGCUAUAGAAAGUGUUUCGCACGAGACGUCGGAGCUAGAACUGCGGUGGGAGCGAGAUCCGGGAGGUGUCAAUGGUGCCACCUCCCUCCGUUACCACAAUGCUUACUUGGUGCAGAACAAGACAGGGACGUGCGAUUCGCACCACACCUGGAGAGGUAAUUACAGCUGCCUUCGUGUUCUCUUGGUGUUUACUCGAGACAAGAUCUUCUAUUUUAGUACCGUGUUCGGACCGGGGGUCGUCUUAGUGACGAGUUCCUUCAUCAGUUUCUGGCUGGACAUCAAUGCUGUGCCGGCGCGGGUCAUGAUCGGAGUGACCACUAUGUUGAACUUUUGCACCACCACCAACAGCUUCCGGUCCACCCUGCCCGUCGUGUCCAAUCUGACCGCCAUGAACCUCUGGGACGGAGUGUGCAUGUUCUUCAUCUACGCGUCGAUGCUAGAGUUCAUUAUCGUCAAUUACCUUUACAGAAGAUACCCGCAUCACUCUAGGGGGACGGGAGGAGUAGCGUCCUCGUCUUCGGCUCCAGUAGAAGGUCUCAGGGCCCAAUCGUCCAGCCUGGGGCGAUGGUGCGGGAAUUUCGAAAUCCAGCAGUCGAGCGUGGUGAAGGAUAACAACAGCAACGAUCCCAACAUCGCGAGCGACCAGGUAUCCUCGUCCAGAACGGAAGAGGACACCAGGGCCGCUCUGUCCUUGUUCGGUUGGCUCAAGAGAUCGCAGCCGAUCGUUCCUCCCAACUACAACCGGCAGAGGCUUUCCAAGAAUAUCGACAAAGUGUCCAAGAUCCUCUUUCCCUUGUCCUUUGGCCUGUUCGUGGCCGGUUACUUCCUCACCUACGCCGUCAUCAAGCCUACCCACUCGGAGAACUGGGAAUUGCUCAGUAACGGAGGCACAAACUAGAACUGGAUGCUCUCGAAGAGUAGAUAAUUUGCCAAAGGAAUUAGGGAGAGGGAAAGCACAGGGGACGCUUGUUGCAAUGUGUAUAUGAAUAAGGUGCCAGAGCUGUAAGAGACGUAAAGAUGAGACUUAGAAUUAUUUUGGUGUCGUUGAUCUCAGAUUUAAAUCCAAAUAAUGAUUAAACAAGCAGUGGCGUAGCAAGAGGAAAUGGCAACCAGAACACAGUUUUCUCCUCCCCAUCAUAUAUGACUUUAUGUGAAAUACAUCCUUAAUAUUUCGUCUUUCUUCCACCUCUUCCAAGAUUGUUCCCAAAGCAUUUAUAUUUUCAUCUCCUCUUCCUAUCGCCGAGCCACUGCGGAUAGAAAGCUCUGUUUUUCUUUGUAUCGGAUUGGAAUUCACUCUAUUUAAAUCAUACAUUAUGAAAAAAAAUAUUGAGAAAAGUGACAAAAACAUGCAUCUACUGUCGGAAUCUUUUUCCACUUCUAAAAUAAAAUAAAAAAUUAAUUAACCUGUUUGGGUACAGCAAAGCAUUAUUUUUAAAUAUUAAAUUGUUUCCACGGACAAAAUGCAUUGUUAAGUAUAUAAUUGAAUAACAACUGUAUUUGAAUGCAUUAAAGAAAUAAUAUCCUUAAAAAGCUAUAAAUGAUCGAUAUAAAACAGAUUAUCGUAAUAGAAAGAUAAAAAUUUACUCUGUUGUUAUCCCCGUUUGAAAAGUUAUUAUUAUGUAAGAAAUUUAUCGUAAAAACAUAUAAAUGAUUUCCAAGCAUGAAAAUUUGUUUCAUUUUCUCAAAUAUUUUCCCCAUUUACAUUCUAUACUAAUAAAGAUGAUUCAUAUUGCAUAACUGUUAGUUAAAAAUAGUUUUAAAAUAAUUCACCUUGUAUGUAAAUCAGUAAAGCAUUUUAUUUGCAAUUGUACUUCAAAAAAUUAUUCUUGAUGAGUAAGGGCGGCUAUCAAAAAAUGGCUUAUCUAUCUAAACUCUUAAUAAUAAAGCUCUAUGAAUUAAAUAAAUUUUGUUAAUAACUAUUCACAAUACUUUAUUUAUCUCAAAUAGAAAUAUUUGUUCAGAAUAAAUUGUUUUAUUGAGCUUUUUUACUAAAAAUAAUUACAAAUAUCUCAGGGAUUCCGGCUAUUGAAAGCUUUUCCUUUAUGCCGAUUUCUUUUAGAAGCUAGAUACUGAUUGAAUGCAAAUUUAAUUUGAAAUUCCUUGUGGCUGCAGUGGAAAAAUUGAUAUUGAAUCUAAGUUAAUGUUACAGUUUAAUAAAUAUAUAAUAUUAAUCAUUAUUUUUUACUUUUUAUUGAUUGUAAGUUAUGAAUUUAGAAAGAAAAUUUUGAAAAAAAUC